AUGGCCCCUAAAGGCGAUAAAUACUCAGUGAUCCUGCCCACCUAUAACGAGCGGCAAAAUCUACCAGUCCUGGUGCAGAUGCUGUCUGAUGUCUUCACAAGGGAAAAGAUCGAUUGGGAAGUCAUCGUCGUGGACGAUGCGUCCCCAGACGGCACCCUCGAACGAGCGAAAGAGCUGCAGAAAUCCUUCGGCGCCGAUCACAUCGUUCUCAAGCCCCGUGCAGGCAAACUCGGCCUGGGAACUGCCUACGUUCAUGGGCUGCAGUUCGUGACAGGAAACUACGUGAUCAUCAUGGACGCGGACUUUUCACACCAUCCCAAGUUCAUCCCGGAGUUCAUCAGGGUCCAGAAGCAGAGCAACUCUGAUAUUGUCACGGGCACAAGAUACAGGAGUCGGCCAGGCUUAAUUGGAGGGGUGUAUGGCUGGGAUGCCAAACGGAAACUCACGAGCUGUGGUGCAAACAUCUUGGCGGAUUUCCUGCUGAAUCCUGGCGUCAGCGACCUGACGGGCUCGUUCCGGCUGUACAAAAAGGAGGCCCUGGUGAAAGUGAUCGAGAAGACGCAGUCUAAGGGGUACACCUUCCAGAUGGAAAUGAUGGUGCGGGCCAAGGCCAUGGGGAUGAAGGUAGAAGAAGUUCCCAUCACCUUUGUCGAUCGAUUGUAUGGUGAGAGCAAGCUGGGGGGUGAAGAGAUUGUGGAAUACCUGAAAGGACUGGUGUGGCUGUGGUGGUCUGUGUAG